AUGUCCAUGUUCGUUGUUCACUUCGUUUUUCGUUUCUUUGCUCUUCAAAGACGCGGGAAUUUGAAAUAUUUCGAGGACUGGUACUUCCUUUGUUGGUUUGCCAUUCCAAUUUGCCUUGGUAUUCUGUGGGCAGCAGCAGUUCAGACGUUUCUACAUGGGGAUCCUGAAAGUUCCGGGUAUAUGAGAGAAACCCUCCUCGAAAACUACAACUUGAGCAUUUCGGACAUUGUCUAUGUCGGGGUACUGUACCAUAAGAAAUUAGCGAAUGAAACUACUAUCAUGAAUUUGAAAGGGAUCCAAGGAGUAUGUAUUCUGGGAGCUAUCAUGAACAUCUGUUUUAUUUUGAUUAUCUAUUUCGGAGCAUUGACCUAUCAACGUAUAAAGCAGUUAAUAAUGGAGGGGAGGUCAGAGUAUACAAGGAAGCUGCAAAAGCAAUUGUAUCAGGCAUUAGUUAUUCAAACAAUCAUCCCUGUAUUCUUCAUGAUCCUCCCAUUAACCAUCUACUUCUUUUCCCCACUUUUCCAUCUUGGACAUCCAAUAAUUGGGGAUUUGGCAACAUUUAGUUGUGCAAUGUACCCAGUUCUUGACCCACUUCCUGUCAUGUUUGUCAUUGAUAAUUAUCGACUGGCUAUAUUGGAAGGCGUCGGAUGCAUCAAACGCCAGGGAGAAGUCAAUGUGAAUGUGACAAGCACGAGUGCUAUUUAA